AUGUCCGCCAAUCCUCCCAGCGACGCUUCGGAUGCCGCUUCGGCCACCCCAUCCCACUCGGUCUCGUCCCCCUUCUCCCCUCACGCCGCCGCCUUUGGCCCAUCUCCACCCCUCAACCUCGGCGCCUCCAACCGCGUCCACGGCUUGAGCUCCGACGGCCACUCGCUCAGCAGUCGCGCCAGCUCCUUUGCUUCCAGUCACGGCCGUGCCCUCUCUCCCGCCGCCAAGGCCGCCUCGCCCUUUGCCAAUGCAGACAACAACCACACCUCCACCGCCUUUUAUGGAUUCGGCGAUCGCCUUCGCGACACCACCGACCAUUCCCGUCAAAGCAGCGGCGGCGCUCCCAACAACCUCACCGCAACGUCUCCUGCCACUCCUUCCCUCCUUUCAGGAUCGGCUGCCUCUCGCCGCGCUCCAUCACCCUCGCCACACUCCACCUACCCGUCAACCGACUUUUUGGGCCAAUCGCAACCAUCGCUCCCCAACGCACGCUCCCCAACCUCGCUCGCACCGCCGUCAGCGCCAAGCGACCUUCAGCGCCGCCUCUCGUCAUCGUUUGGCGCUCAAGCUGAUGCCACCAACGGCGCUCGUCCGCCGUUUGGUCGCCAAUCUUUCUCAGAUGGCCCUACAGCCUCGGAUCACCAGCAGCACUCGGCAGAGAUCACUUCAGCACUCAUGGAAUCGCAUCACAGCUCGUCUUCCGGCGGCUUCCUCACGCCCACACACCCCGCCAAUCUGCACCAUCUUUCCGACCCCGCUUCUCACCGGCCCGAUCCAUCUUUGCCGCUACCCGCCGCGCCCGCUCCCACAACAGGUCCCCUCUCGGCUUCCGAUCCGCGCACGCAGCUCCUCGUCUCCAACCUCCCUUACCGCGUCCGAUGGCAGGACCUCAAGGAUCUCUUCCGCAAGGCUGGCACCGUCCUCCGCGCAGACGUGUCUCUCAGCGCAGACAACCGCAGUCGCGGCUACGGCACCGUCCUCAUGGCCACCGAGCAAGACGCCAUCAAGGCCGCCGACAUGCUCGGAGGCUUCACCUGGCAAGGCAGGACCCUCGACGUUCGCGUCGACCGCAGCGGCACCCUCGUCGGUGUCGCCGGCAGCGCAGCCAUACCCACCAUCGCUCCCAACAACCUCAGGCCCAACGCCAUGCCAUCCAUGCUCGCCAACUACGCCAACGGCCUUUCUCCCGUGGCGCAUGCCGUUGACCAAGCCGCCAACCAGCCCUUCCUCGGUGUGCCUUCGGGCUCCUUUUCGGGAGGCGCAUCGCCGUCCGCCCUCUCUCCGCUGGCACGCGCAGCGGCCGCCGACCCUUCCCAACCAAUCUCGACCCGCUCCUCGUUCUCGGCGCACAACACAAAUGCACAACCCACCGAGUUCGAGCGAGCCAUGCUGCAUGGCGCCUCCAACGGCGGCGGUGCUGCCAGACACGGCGCCGCCUACGACCACAACUUUGCAGGUGCAGCCCAGCAUCGCGCCGUGUCGUCGCUCCAGUCCAUCGCAGGUUCGCGCCGCGGAUCCGAAGUGGGCGUAGGCAUGGGCACGUCCCCGUCUUCCGGUGGCUGGCCAGCAGCUUCCAACGAGGCCUCCGGUGGCAUGCUUGUGCAGAAUGCCGGUGGCUCCUCGGUGCCCACGGGCUUUCCCGGGGCCACCGCCAUGGCUCCGUGGCCCGCGGGUCCCGCCGCGUUUGGAGGCAACGCUGUGGCAUCCAUGCAGUCGCAGCCGUUCGCUCCGCACGUGCCCACCACCUCGUACGCCGGUCGCGUCCUGUUUGUCGGCAACCUGCCGUUCCAUUGCCAGUGGCAGGAUCUCAAGGACCUCUUCCGCGCGGCUGGCAACAUCCAGCGAGCCGACGUAGCCAUUGGACCGGACGGCCGCAGUCGCGGAUUCGGCACCGUGCUGUUUGCGUCGCAGGAGGAUGCGCAGAACGCCGUGCGUCUUUACCAUGGCUACGAGUAUAGUGGGCGCACGCUCAAGGUCCACUUUGACCGCUUUGCAGCUCAGAACGGGCCUGCUAUUGGCACGCCGGGCAACCCGGCGCAGUAUACUGGUGCGUUUGCGGCUGCAGCUCUGCCUUCGCACAUGACCAACAACGUGCGUGCACCGUCCGUCGCUGCUCCGCCUCUGCAUGGCAUGCAGACGUAUGCGCAGAAUCCCAUGGCUCAGCAUCAACACCACCACCACCAGCGUGCUGCUCCAGCCUCGGGCUUUUCUCAAUACCCAGGUCAAGGCGCGUUCGGGCAGGUUAGUCAUAAUCCAGCCGAUGCCCCCGCUCGCGCGUUUGGGCAGCAGCAAUCCUCGCUCCCCUACCCUCAGCAACCUCAGCAGGCCCCGCAACAGUACGGACAGCAGCUGCAGCAACAGCAGCCUCGUGCGUCGUUUUCCGGCUUCGCCGACACCCCCCACGAUGCCGCAUCUUCCAUGGCCUUUGGUGGUGCGGACCAUCUGGCGUCUCCAGAGAGACAGUCGAACACCCGACCGUUUGGGCUGUUCUCGCAGCCCAGCGAAGGCGAUGCGGACAAGGGUGAGGGUCGGGACUCCGACUACGGCAUGACGAUCUCGAUGCCAGCGAGCGGCUUUGGCGCUGCGUCUUCGUACUUGCCUUCGGACCUCAUGUCUCCCGGUCUAGUUUCGCCGCCGGCGAUGGCGCAGAGCAACGCACAUCCGGGGCGUAUCCAGCUCCCGGCGACGCAGUUCGGUAGCUUUGGUGGUGGUGUGGAGGGGCGGUCGGAUGGACGCAUGCAGGUGCCCAUGACACCGGGCAUGCCUGGGUUUACGUUUAAUCCGGUGCCCGAGACGCCGCCUCUGUAUCCGCAGUUUCUCAGCCCGGGUUUGGGGCCGUUUAGUCCGACGGUGGGUGGGGCGUCGCACGCCGAUGCGCACGCGGGCCAGAUGCAUGCCAAUGUGGGCGCGUUGAAUGCGGCCCCGGGUGCACCUGUGCAUGCGCACGUGGGCGGGGCAUACAACCCCAUGUUCCCAGCGUACGGAUCGUUUGGACAGCAACAGCCCGCUACGCCGCACUGGUCACAGACUGCCGGACCUCGGCGGUCGAUUGCCGACACCGGGUCGGUGGUGGUGCAGGAGGAUGAAGUGGUGGACGAUGCACGUGUAGGAAUUGCCAAGACCCCCGGUGCUGGCCCGCGACGACCAUCGCAUGUGCCGGUGGAUGCGCAGCGCAGCGAUCGCGCGGCACGUCGCGCGUCGGACGGUACACCCAGUGCCGAGAUUGACGGCUACCCAUUCCCCAUGGUCGGUGCAGUGCAUCUUGGACGUCGGGCUUCGACGAAUUCUCCGGCCGGAACACCUUUAGCCGCCCCUGCGGCGACGGAGGAGGUGGUGCAGGGCGAGAUGCUGGGUGGGAGUGCGCAAGAGCUUGCCAACACCAUCGCGCGGCUCAGUGUCAAGGGUACCGCACUGGACAGCUCGCGCAGGAGCGUAAGUAUGACUGCUGAGCGCAGUGCUGCUUCUGCGGCCAUGGCUAAACUGCGUGGCCAGGCGGAUACACUGUCGAAGGAUGAAGCCAAAUUGGGCGCUCCGUUUGUCGACGCGGGUGCAAGACCUACAGCGGCGGCAGAGGAACCGUACGAGAGGUUGUUGGGGUUGAAAGUGUCAGGCUCCGCACUGGAGCAGGCGCGUAAUGGGUCCGCACUGGAUACAGGGUCGGACGCGGGUGAGAGCAGGAAGAGCACGCCGAGGGACGAAGCAGGUCCAUCCACAUAG